UCCUGUUAAUGUGAAUAUCUCCCUAAUUCUUAAGGAUGUUCUGAAGAUUGAAGAAAUUCAUCAUCAAUUUGAAUUAAAGUUCCUAAUGAUAAUGCAAUGGCAUGACUACCGAUUAAGAUACUACAACUUGAAAUCUACCAAAUCCUCCAAUGCAUUGUCAAAGGAUGAAAUCCAAAAAAUUUGGAUUCCUUUGAUUGUAUUCAUAAACACAGAUAGCAAUGAAGCUACAAAUUUGGGUAAAGACACUGAGGUUACAGUGUCCAGGGAAGGAAAUUUUACAAGAAGUGCAGAUAACGUUGCUGAAGAAAUUAACAUAUUCAAAGGAAAUGAAAAUAUUCUUGAGUUUCAAGAGAUUUAUACAAAAACCUUUAAGUGUGAAUAUGAGCUGCAGAUGUAUCCUUUCGACACACAGAAAUGCGAAGUUGUAAUGAUGGUUAGAGAUUUAGAAAAGAGAGUUUUGAUAAUAACUCCAGAUAGAAUAGUAAUGGAAGGAAAAACUGUUCUUACACAGUACAUUAUUCUUUCAUGGACAUUGGGCUAUAGCAAUCAAACCUCACCAACGGAUGGAAUUCGUCUUGUGAUUUUACUGAAGAGAAGAAUAAUCAAUGAAAUACUGACAACCUAUCUUCCUUCUUUCCUCCUUAUUGUUAUUGUUUACACAACAAACUUCUUCAAACCCUUCUUCUUUGAAGCUGUAGUUACGGUCAACCUGACAGCUCUGCUAGUACUCACAACACUUUUUAUCAGUGUCUCAGGAGCCCUUCCACCUACAGCCUAUGUGAAAAUGAUUGAUAUUUGGCUCAUUUUUGCACAAAUGAUUCCUUUCUUUGAGGUACUGCUGCAUACCUAUAUGGACAGUAAACGGCAAGAAAAUGAAAUAAACCACCAUGGAACAAGUCGCCAAAUUAAACCUAAAUCACCAAAGAAGACUAACCUGAUGUAUGAUGGUAGCCUAGUAGCAAGAAAUGAAGAGGAAGAGUUGAAUGCCCGAAGAAAGUUCUAUGAUUUAUUACAUGAAGAUGAAUUUUAUAUUAGGCUUGGAGAUAUUGCAGCUAAGAUCAUUUUGCCAGUGAUCAUUUUCCUAUUCUCUCUGGCGUACUGGACAUAUGGACUGUUCUAUUAUUUUGUAGGUGGAAAUUAUAUCUAGAAUUUAUUGAAAUAAAAUAUAUGUUUGAAAUAA